CUUCAGCUGAAAGAGAAUGUGUUGUUCCAUACUUCACGUACGAGUGGACCGCGCUGUUUUGGGGCGUCUUGUGCGCGCAAUAAUAACGAAAUCGCGUGCAACUGUUUUUGAAAAGCGCCACGCCAUUUUGUCAAAGAAGCCCUCCAUUUCCAUUUCCAUUUCUCGGCGGUUUCGUUUGCAGGAGGAUCUACCUCUUGACUUGAAUGUUACUGGAGUGAGGUCAGCAUUGCAUGACUCAAUCGUGGAUAAGCAUGCAGUCAUUUCUCUACUGUUGCAUUGGACCUUGCAGUUGUUCUUAGGGCGACGCAGAGAAUAACAAGCACGGUUGUCUUCAAUGAAUGAGCAACAAGCUAACCUAAAGACUUCUCAACCCAGCUUGACAUCCCAAGAGCGGAGAAGUUGUCAGUGAGCGGAAAAAAGCAAAUGGACAUGUUUGAGCUACAUCGUACUGAAACGGCUAUUUCUGAACAGGAGAUGUUGCACUUUUUUCUUUUAAAACUUACCUGCAUUCCUACCAUGCUGAGUAGGUUUGGAUGACCAUUAACUGUCAUUAAACCAAUCAAGGGUUCUUUGUCCAUACUCUAAGACUCUUUAUUGAACCAGAGACGGCUUUGUGUGGUUUGGGAAAUUGAACUCUUAUCUCCUUAACCUCCCACUCCACCAUUCCCCAGAAUCUAUAUUCAUGAAAGUCAUGAGUUUGCAACCUCAGCAGAAACCAAACGCAAAAAGAACGGGCAAGCGCAUCACUUUCUUUAACGAUCAGGGUGUGGCGAUGAAAGAGGCCUCUCAGCAUACAGAGCCGUACUAUGGCAUUGGGGUCCCUCCCUCAGGGCCAGGCCAUAAUGACAGCGGAGGUGUGGAAAGCUUGAAUGCAGAAGCACCACAUACCUACCUCAAUUCUGUCAUUUUCAGCCCAGAGAAGAGCGAUCAAAGCCGUGGGCACUACCAACAGAUGAUGUCCAUGAAGUGGCCGCGCCAAGACCCACCUUUGCAGCCUCAACAGCGAACAAACAAUUGGCCACAGGGUAUGACCCCUUGGUCCCAGAACUUUGGCCCUUACCUAGGGGCUCAGGCAGCUUUUGCAAAGCAGAUGCAUGAGGGCAUGUCAGUACAACAACAGCAACAGCAGCAGCAGCAACCUGAGUCAUCGACUAUUAGGACAACUGAAAAACAAGUGGCUAACAUAAGUGGAGAGACCUUUAGGGAUACGACCAAACCUGGCCGGGGCAUGGACUGGGAACAGCAGCAGGCCUUUCAGCAAUCACAAAAGCCUGGAAUGCUAAAUCCGCAGCAGCACGGACAGUCCAAUCCUGGGAAUUCCGUGCUGCAACCCUUUCAGUUAGCUUUCGGACAGCCCAAGCAGAACUUGGUAGCGGGAUACUAUCAGGUAGUUCAGGGCAAUCGGACCUUGCCGAAUUUGAAUUACAGUACACAGACGAAUUCCCAACUACAACAGCACCUACAGCAACAAGAGCAGCAGCAAAAGCUGCAGCAGCAGUUAAUAUUUCAGCAGCGGCAACAACAGCAUUUGCGACAACAGAUGCGACAACAGCAGCAGGUACUUCAGCAUCAGAAACAGCCACAACAGAUAUCACAAUCACAGUUACAGCAACAAGCACAGCAGUUAAAACAUACUCCGCAGCAGCAGCCGCCACAACAACAUAUGCAACAGAUUCAACCACAACAAGACUUGGUGCAGCAGCAAACCAAAUCUGAGCAGCCUCUUCACAACCAGCAUGUAUUGGAAAACUACUCCGAGGGCCAGCAGCCACAUGCUUCUUCACUUGAUCAGCAUCCGCCCUCAUUACCAGGACAGUCCCAAGAGACAACUGAUCCCCCAUCAACACAGACUCAAGACUCCGUUUCUCAGCCUCCCUCAACUGUCCCCCAGCAAUCCAUCGAGAACCAACAACCUGGGCCCCGGAGAUCACGUCGGCUUUCAAAAGAGGGUGGAGGCCCUGCCUCGGAUAACCCAUUUGUCAUGCAGACUGAUCUCCACACCCAGGGUUCUCAGAAUGGUGCUUCUGAGAGCAGUGCGGCACAAGACAUCCGGGCCGCCCCAACAGGUGUAAUCCAGAGCACACGACGUAAGAGAAGGGUGUCGCAAGAGGUCAACCUGGAAACCUUGGCUCAGAAGGCUUCGGAAAGGGAAUCUCUACCCUCACGUAGUGUCAAGCAAGAGUCACACAGGCCGUGGAGCCCCCCUGUUGCCCCAACGGGUCCAGGUCGAGGGGCAGCUGAGGUGGAUCAGGUGAGUGCCAAGCGGCCCAGAGAUGACAGCCUCAUGCCCUUGGUCAUUCCAGUCUCUGUGCCAGUGAAGCAGACUGACUCCUUGUCCCCGGAUCACGAGCAAGCCUCUCUCUCAGCUAGUUGGCCUUCACGGCCUUUUAGCACCCAUGACAUGAGCUGCUCCGAUUACAAGACUUCUGUAAUUGUCACUCGACGACGUUCACUGAGGAACUCGCUGUCUGAGAGCACGGGCCAGAAUGGUGGAGCAGAAAGUGGAAGUGAAGCUGACGGCAAAUCGGCCAAAGCCAAACGACGUCCUCGUCCAGAACCGCUCUUUAUACCCCCACCCAAGCUUGGAACUUUCAUUGCUCCACCGGUGUACUCUACAAUAACACCUUACCAGAGCCACUUACGUUCUCCAGUCCGAUUGGUCGACAACCCCCUCAACAUGCCUCCUUACACACCCCCGCCCAUCCUCAGCCCGGUUCGAGAGGGUUCGGGUCUUUACUUUUCCACCUUCCUGUCGGCCGCUGCUGCAGCAACAGCAAGUAAUCAGGGGCUGCCCCCACCCGCCACUCCAAAAUCUGCCACCCGUAGCCUCCUGCGCUCAAACAGCAGUGAUAUAACCCCUCCAGUUCUCUCUGCUAUGAGUGAGGCUACACCUGUCAGCAUUGAGCCUCGGAUAAACAUUGGAUUGCGGUAUCAGGCGGAGGUCCCAGAGCUGAGAGAGCGCUCAGCGGCGCAGCACGACCUACACAAGGCUGAACUGGUGUGGGCGCCGCUGCCUGACCUGGAGGCCAACACUGAAAAACAGCAAAGAGUGAAUGACCUCAUGCACCUGGCGUGCUCGAGUGCGUUGCACGGAGGAGGGACCAAUCAGGAACUGGCCAUGCACUGCCUGUAUGAAUGCAAGGGUGACGUCAUGGCAGCCCUCGGCCUUCUGUUGCUAAAAACCCCCAUCUUUCCCAAAGCGCACCCUCUGGCUAGCUACCACUACUCCGGCUCUGACAGCUGGACGCCAGAGGAGCGACGUUUCUUCAACAGAGGCAUUGCUGCCUACAAGAAGGACUUUUUCAUGGUCCAGAAACUGGUGAGCUCCAAGACGGUGGCUCAGUGUGUGGAGUUCUACUACACGUAUAAGAAGCAGGUGAAGAUCGGCAGAAACGGAACUCUUGUUUACGGAGAAGCGGAGCCACCGGAGACCAAACCCACCACAGAGGAGGAAGUGGACAAUAAAAGUUCACAGAAAUUCGAAUCGCGGAAAGACGACGAGGAGAGCAGGAAGUGGGAAGGGUCAUGUGACAGGAAACAAGAAAACAGCCCGGGCAGGGUGACACAAUCGCUACAGGCCACUGAAAAUGCUGCUGCCGUCUUGGUCUUAAGAAGUCAGGAAGACAGCACUAAAGAUCCGUCCACGCUGGGGAUUAAUCCUCCUCCAUCACAACCAACAUCUAAACCCCGCUCUGACACCACAGGCCGGAAAAGCACUGGCAAUACGGGAAAGGGACAAACAAACCAAGAGGGUGAAUUCCCCUGCAAGAAGUGUGGCAGGAUCUUCUAUAAAGUGAAGAGCCGCAGUGCCCACAUGAAGAGUCACGCCGAGGCGGAGAAAAAGGCAGCUGCGCUCCGGCAGAGGGAGGCCGAGCAGCGGGCGGCAGCCGCCUUGUUAGCCGCUCAGCAGAACGGAGCGAUGGGCGAUCAGAGCAGAACGAGGAGAGCCAGCAGCGACGACUCCUCGGAGGAAGAGGAGGACGCAGAUGACGAAGACUGGCACUAGCUAACGAUCUCUUCCGUAUGGCCAAGAAAAAUUAAUAAAAAAACCCUAUUUAUUUUCA